AUGAAACAACAAGAAUGGCUAAUCUUUACUGUCUUCUCAACAUUUAAUUCUUUUGUAUCACAUUUGGAAAUUCAUCUAGCUUUUUCAUCUGAUGCUUCUAAUGCAACACCUGUUUGGAAACAGAUUGCUAUUGGAUCAGUAUGUCAUUUUACAGACAGAUUUCUUGAAGCAUUAUUAAAUUUGGAAAGAGAUUGUAUAAAAUGGCUACAAGGUACACAAUUAGUAACAGUAAUACAUAGAUUUGAGUAUAAUGAAACAGGUUUAAAAAAUCAAAAAUUGCCUAAUGUAAUUGGAGCUAUGGAUGAAACACAUAUUCUGAUUCAUUGA